AUGGUGGUCAAGGACGAUGGCACCAAAUGGGCAUGCCAAUCAUGUCUGAAGGGCCACCGCGUGAGCGGCUGCACACAUAUUGGUAUGUCCCUGUCCUGAUAUAGUCCUCACCACCUCGCCGUCGUUGUCGGCGUCGCUUGGAGCGUCGUCACAUCUAAUGUGCCGAUGCGCGCCGCCAAGUCAGGAUUCGAGAGGCGCGCCGGCUGACCGUUGCCCAGACCGCGAAUUGACCCUCGUGCCCAAGAAGGGACGUCCCGUCACCCAGUGCCAGCAUUGCCGUCUCGAGCGCAAGAAGCGAUCCGCCCACGUCAAGUGCGACUGCGGCGAGACCGAGAAGCCGCACCACCCCAAGGAGAAAUGCAUCCACCUGCGCGAGGCCGAAGAGCGUGCCAAAGCCGGCUUUCGUGACGAGCCCUCCCGAGAGCUGGAAUCCACCUAUCUCGCUGCCGUCGCCGAGGAACAAGGCUGCUGCUGCGGUCAUGGCGGCAGAUGCACCUGUUCGCUCGUGAAGAAGGAAUCGCAACUCAAGGAUAGCGCUCUGGCCCACGGCCCGGCUGUACACAAACCCAAGCUCGAGACGACAAGGUCGGAUGGAGAGAUCACGGUCUUUGCGAACGGACACCACAAGCCGGUGCACAAGAGGAACCAUGCCGCUCACGAGUCCGGCAUGCCUUACAAGAUGCCAAUGCCCAGGUCGAACACGGACAACAACAUUUCCGCGCAAGCACGCCGUUCUGUGGACAGCCUCGCUUUGGACAGCAGUAUGUCCUGGAACCCAGCAACGGCGACUCAACCACCAGUACCCUUCGCUACCGAGAGGCGGAUGUCCAAGUCCGAGCAACCGUCGCCGAGACACUCUGCUAUCGAGACACGUGGUGGAGGACUUGCCGAUGCCAAGCUUUCCUCCAUCGACUUCAGUGCCCUUGGUCCCAUCCAAACCAACCAGAGUAUGGACUCUUCGGCUAGUGACCAGCCAAUGUUCUCGUCCAUGGACCCGAUGUCGGGUAUGGCAGACUCUUCCUACGAUCCCUGGACCGGCUAUCCCUCUGCCGACCUCAACAUGCCCAACAACAACCCCUUUGGUGUUUGGGCUACCAACUUCGACAGCACCAAUGCAGCUCAGCCAGCGCUGACCGCCGCUUCCAGUGGAACGCAGUCGGAGAUUGACGAGAUCCCGACCAUGGACGACUUCUAUGGCUUCCCGAUGCCUAGCAUUCAAGAAGAUGCCGGGGCUUUCAAUCUCGACGGCGAUGGCAGCAACAUCAAUCGACGCAGCUUACCUCCCAAUUUCUUUGGCAACGCCGACUUCAGCAUGGCCAAUCCCAAUCCCGAGUGGCCGACCUCACUGGAGAAGUCCAAGGCAUUGUCCAACGAUCAAGCAAUAGGUAUGGCCAAUGUUUGGAACACGCCCACGAUGCCGACCAUGUCAAGUAUCGCGCAGCGGCCUACUUCAAUGACGGCUACUUGUGGUCGAUCGCAGUCACAGUUAGUCAGUGGUGGCAACGCACAGAACGAGGACCUCAUCAAGCAAUUGUUCCCUGACAUUGACAUCAACAACGGCGUCUUCGUCACCGGCAAUAGCCCUACCGCAAUGGAGUCGUCUGCUCUGAGGAGAAUGGGCGGUGUAUCUGGCAUGCCGGUCUCUAGCAGCGUGGACUUGGGUCCCGUGGACGAGUCCGCUGGCUUCACCUCGCAGCCCUGGACCGACGGCUCCGUGAGCGUUCCCACCGAUCCCUUCACCAGCCCCUACAACAUCGACCAGGACUUUCCGAGUCCCGAUUACUGGGGCAACACGACGUUCCAAUAA